AUCGGCUCGUCCGAUCAUCCGCCACGUGUCCUACCUUCGUCCCCUUCCUUCUUCCCCAUCCUUGCCUCCAUCUAACUCCUCCUCCGCUGUGGAAGAGGACGACGACUGCUUAUCGCCUGUCUCUCCGUCUCCUUCUCAUUCUCUUCCUGUUACUCCGUCCCCAACGCCAUCGCCAUGAGUUUUCUUACGGAGCGAGCUCUCGGCGAUCCUCUGCUGGUGCCACGGUGUUACAUCUCGGCGAUCCGACAAGUUCAUCAUCCACGGCUCAACCCGCACCUUCGGCGACUUGUGCAAUUCUUCUGGACCCAGGGAGUGUAUGCAGCCGCUGAGUUUCGAUUUGCAGGCAGUCCCCGGGUGGUUGUUUUGGCGGAGGCGGUAGCGGUUCAUCGACGAUCAGCUCCUGGAAUCAGCCACGUGUCUACGGUGGUCGCCUUCAGUGGCGACAUCAGCACCAUCAGCCCGCUGCGGCAUACGGCUAUCAAGACAACGCUUCGACUGUGGGCACAGCAGUUGGCGUCAGAGUGGAAUCGCUGGCUCACGCCCCACGGCGAUAACCUUUUCCCCACGGACUGCGUCGACCUCGACGGGAUCCGAGCUUUCCAGCACGAGCCAGCGGCGUGGCGAACGAGAGUGGAGGGAGAUCUACUCGGGUUCCUCUUCGGAUCAGGGCGGCCCGAUCAUCGCCCACUGAUCUUGCAGGAGCUAACGGUCCCCCUUACGCAGCUGGCCGACGAUCUCCCACUUGAGAUCGUCUCGAAGAGCGACGACAGCCCAGUCCCGCACAUUCUCACGUGGACCUUGGCGCCAUAUCUUCAGUGGUCGGCGUGCUUGGAGAAACUGGGAAGCGGCCGCAACCCACCAUCACAGCGUGGUUAUCUGGACCCACACGAGAUAGUCGACCUCACCUUCUUUCAAGAUCGGACGGCUUCCGAGAACGAGGAGGUAAAAAUUGAAGCGGAGGAGGAAAGUUCGGAAGAAGAAGAAGCCGAAGAAGAGGCCGACGAGGAAGAAACUCCCGAAGAGGGGAGUUACAGUGAGCACAGCGAAGGGGAGCAAAGUGAGGAGGAGGAGGAGAAAGAAGAACAAGACGACGAGGAGGAAGGAGAAAGAGACCAGGAGGAGCUAGAAGAGUCGGAGUGGGAAGGUUUUGAGGAGGAAGUCCGUGACAAGGCUCGGGCGCAGGCCCAGACGCAGAAAAAGGAAGAGAUCGCGGCCGGGAAGCGACAAUUGGAAUUCGCCAGCGCAGCCGGUCAGCCGCUCACCGACAAUCCGGCCCGGGAUCCAGAGCCACCUAAGCCCGAGGAUGGGGACCCAGCUGCCGAGACUUCGGCCACACCGGCAAGACGGCGACGAAGUCGAUCCCCCUCACCCUCCGCCACCGACCGCCCACCAAUUCGUCCACGUACCUAUGCGGGGCAUCGGGCUUCGUCCCCAGUCAUUAUCCCGCUGUCCUCUUGACCACCUCUCUUUCCGCCAGAUUACCACUCGCGUCACCUUCCCCGA